AUGCCUUUGCUUCUAGAUUUUGAAGGGAAAGUAUCACCGCAAGUUAUAGUGGCCGCAGCAAGAAACUAUUGGAACGGCAAGGAAAUCAUGACAUUACUUCUCGAUCGGCGAGGCGACCAGAUCACCAUCACCGAGGAAGUGGUAAAGGCCGCAGCAGGGAACGAGUGGUACGGCGAGGAAAUCAUGACACUGCUUCUCGACCGGCGAGGCGAUCAGAUCACUAUCACCGAGGAGAUAGUAUCUAUUAUCGCCAGAAGGUUCAACAAAGAAAUCAUGACACUACUUCUCGACCAGCGAGGCGACCAGAUCACCAUCACCGAGGAAGUGGUAGAGGCUGCAGCAGGAAAUAGUCGGAAUGGCAAGGAAGUCAUGACACUACUUCUCGACCGGCGAGGCGACCAGAUCAUCAUCACCGAGGAAGUGGUAAUAGCUGCAGCAGAAAACCGUCGGAAUGGCAAGGAAGUCAUGACACUACUUCUCGGCCGGCGAGGCGACCAGAUCACCAUCACAGAGGAAGUGCUUAAGGCCGCAGCAGGGAACGAGUGGUACGGCAAGGAAAUCAUGACACUACUUCUCGACCAGCGAGGCGACCAGAUCACUAUCACAGAGGAGAUAGUAUCUAUUAUCGCCAGAAGGUUCAACAAAGAAAUCAUGACACUACUUCUCGACCAGCGAGGCGACCAGAUCACCAUCACCGAGGAAGUGGUAGAGGCUGCAGCAGGAAAUAGUCGGAAUGGCAAGGAAGUCAUGACACUACUUCUCGACCGGCGAGGCGACCAGAUCACUGUCACAGAGGAAGUGGUAAUAGCUGCAGCAGAAAACCGUCGGAGCGGCAAAAAAAUCAUGACACUGCUUCUCGACCGGCGAGGCGACCAGAUCACUGUCACCGAGGAAGUGGUAAAGGCUGCAGCAGGAAACGAAGAGAACGGCAAGGAAGUCAUGGCACUACUUCUCGACCGGCGAGGCGACCAGAUCACCAUCACAGAGGAAGUGGUAAAGGCUGCAGCAGAAAACGGAUCGAUCGGCAAGGAGAUUAUGGCACUACUUCUCGACCGGCGAGGCGACCAGAUCACUAUCACAGAGGAGAUAGUAUCUACUAUCGCCAGAAGGUUCAACAAAGAAAUCAUGACACUACUUCUCGACCAGCGAGGCGACCAGAUCACCAUCACAGAGGAAGUGGUAAGGGCCGCAGCAGGGAACGAGUGGUACGGCGAGGAAAUCAUGACACUGCUUCUCGACCAGCGAGGCGACCAGAUCACCAUCACAGAGGAAGUGGUAAGGGCCGCAGCAGGGAACGAGUGGUACGGCGAGGAAAUCAUGACACUGCUUCUCGACCGGCGAGGCGAUCAGAUCACUAUCACCGAGGAGAUAGUAUCUAUUAUCGCCAGAAGGUUCAACAAAGAAAUCAUGACACUACUUCUCGACCAGCGAGGCGACCAGAUCACCAUCACAGAGGAAGUGGUAAGGGCCGCAGCAGGGAACGAGUGGUACGGCGAGGAAAUCAUGACACUGCUUCUCGACCGGCGAGGCGAUCAGAUCACUAUCACCGAGGAGAUAGUAUCUAUUAUCGCCAGAAGGUUCAACAAAGAAAUCAUGACACUACUUCUCGACCAGCGAGGCGACCAGAUCACCAUCACAGAGGAAGUGGUAAGGGCCGCAGCAGGGAACGAGUGGUACGGCGAGGAAAUCAUGACACUGCUUCUCGACCGGCGAGGCGACAAGAUUCCCAUCACCAACGGGGUUGUAAAGGCUGCAACAUGA